CUUCAAGUUCACAAGUUGGCACGAUGGGUACCGCUUCCGGCCCUCCCCGCAUCUUUGCAUUCCUUCUUGUCCUGCUGGCCAUUGCUUUGCCCAUUGUCAACGCAGCUCGCAUUGCUUCGUCCCGAGGUCUCCUGCAAGAGGGCCCUCUUCCAGCUCCCACGUCCGCUCCGACCAGCGCUCCCCCUAGCGCCACCGCUACACCAUCCCCUGAACAGGGCCCUGUUUCAGCACUUGCCAAUGCGCCUACCAUUGGCGCUCCUGCUUUUUCUCCGCAACAGGGCGCCCCUGUCUUGCCAGUUGUCAGGCCCAACCCAUCAAACCCCACGCCUGCAGAGGGCCCUGUUUCUGUGCCUGUUGCGGCUCCUGCCAAUGCCCCCGCCAGCAAUGCGCCUGCAGGUGCCCCGGAACAGGGCCCUGCAAGCGGUUUUGUCUGCCCCCCAAAUGCCAAUGCCACGGCGGCAUUGGCGCCCAUCACUACGCCAACGUUAGUGAGCGGCGCUUAUGUCACGAUCAAUGUCAGCAACGUAUCUGGGGUGGGGUACACGUUUCUGGCGGGCAACGUCACCAUCUCGUACCUGUCAGGAGGCCCGAACGUCACCCGGGGGGUCAUAUUCCUCCCUGAGGACGGUGUCGACCCCAUAGCUUAUGCUCCAUACGCUCGGGCUACGGCGCUCUCAUCGGGGCAUUUUGUCGUUAUAGCUGCCGACAGCUCCUACGGAACGGUCCUCGGAGCAAUGGCGCUGCGGUCCGACUUACAGUACUGGGUGCUUGGGGGACAUGGGCGGGGAGGAACGGUUGCUGCCGGACUGGCGCCGGUUCUUUACCCGAAGGUCCGGGGACUGAUCCUCCUAGCCGCGACUCUGCCAGCCUCGCUCGACCUGUCCUCCGCCAACCUCCUCGUCCUCUCAGCCUACGGCGCCACCGACACGGUAGUAACGUCAUCCCAGGCGCGAGCUGACGCCCUGCGCCUCCCGGGCGAUGCCGUGCUGACGUCAUUCAACCUGGGCCACUACGACUUUGCUUACAGCCAGUGCUCGCAAAACUCCCCCGGGCCAACAACCGGGGGCUCCAAUCUGACCGCCGCCACAGCAAGAUACCUCACGACGUACUACUUUUCGUUCCCCAUCCUCCUGGCCCAGUGGGCGGAGGCAACACCCCGAGCACUGUCCUUUGGCGACAACUUCCGGCUAACCCCCGGGCGGAACGUGUCCAAACCCUACCCGGUUAACUCGACCGGGCCAGUAACCUUCCAGGACAUUCUGAUACCGGGCACGCUUCCAGUGCGUCACUGGUACGUGUUCUCGCCACCGGCCAACGUCACCCGAGGCGGGUACAUUUUCCUGCCAGGCGGUGCAGUUGAUGCCCGGGCCUACUUUCCGGUCGCUUUCAACAUCGCGGCGCAGGGCUGGCUGUGCGUCAUCAUCCAACAGACGGGGCGCGUUGCAGGGGUUUUCAACUCUACCGACCCGACCGCCGUGGUUUACUCCACUAACCCGGUUUUCGCAUCGGUACCCAAAAACAAGUGGGCGAUCGGGGGCCACUCCGCGGGCGGCCAGGGCGCGGCAGCUUACGUCGCCGCUAACCCGACUCGGGUUUUUGCGCUGGUGAUGCUGGCUGGAGGGAUCGCCCCUGCUAACCUGAGCACUAACCCGACUCCCGUAGUGAACAUAGUCGGGACGCUCGACAGGGUUAGCGGACCAGGGUUGAGUUAUCUGCGGUAUCAAGCGCUUGUGAACCCGUAUGGGAACCCGAAUGUGACGUUGCCUCUGGUGCCGCUCGCGGGGGGCAACCAUUAUCAGAUGGGCGACUAUGGAUACCAAUACUUCGACGACAUUGCGGUCGUCAGCCAAGACCAGCAACAGGCUUCUGCGGCACAACUAGUGGUGACUUAUCUGGACAGCCUAGCGCCGAAGUAACACCAGAGCAUGCGGCCAUGCUUUGUAAAUGACAGCAUCACUGCAAAGCGAUUGAUUGACGACGCUGCAAGCGGAGAUUGCGUCUACAGACGGAGGUACUCCAUAGGGUUUUCAAGUCGGCACGCGAUAAGAUGCCACGUAAGUGUGCGCAAUCAUAUCGCCAAAGCUUGGGCGAAAGGCUCGCGUUUUGCUGCAACGAUAUAGGGUCGUGAGUGGCCUGCAUUUUGCAGAGCACGCGGUGACACACUGUUACCGAGAUAAGCAGGCAGCGGAUCUCAAGUUUGCCUUGCCCUUGCCGAUAGGGUACGUUAGGCAACGACUUUGAUUUUUGGUUUUGCGUUUGGGAAGCUUUUCUAUCUGGAGCCUAAAGUUUGUUAAGCAAGCGGUUCAGGCGCUAGCUUGGAUACGCUGUGCUCAAGUGACCAUUACUGAGUAGUAUGUGUGAAGAGGUUGACAUAAGUGCUGUCAAUCUGUCCUUAAUCGAUCCUGUACGUAGUUGCUGCUUUCGAUCACAUACCAACUUUAAAAAUAGUACCUGCCAACAAGUAUCAUUUCAAACCUGGUGACCGCUCCGACUCUUCAAACCUAGCCAGUAGCGUAAUACUAUAAAGUACAGCCUGACUCAGGCUGGGGCUAUGUUGGGUGUGAGACACAUAAGUAUCCCC